AUGGUUGCACUAGGACGUCCAUUCUAUUUGGGUAUGCUAUAUGAUAUUCGUAGAGAUAUGAUUAUCGCUGGUACCACUCUGUGGGAUCCAGAAAUAUUAGCUAACUAUACAAGCACAAGUAAACAUCCGUAUACUGGCUUUGAAAUAAUCACUGAAGACUCGUUCCAUAAUAAGGCACAUGCCUUAGGUGUUGAAGCUAGUCUAAAAUUAAGUAUGGCUAGCGGUCUUGUAAGUAUGUCGGGCUCUGCAAAAUAUGCUGAAGAUUUUCAAAAAACAAAUUAUGAAACUCGUUUGACACUAAAAUAUUCAACUACAACACGGUUUCAACAAUUGACGAUGAAGCAUCUCAGUAAAAAGAAUAUAAAUCAUCCAGAAUUACAUGAUGUCGAUCUUGCAACUCAUGUAGUUACUGGUAUACUUUAUGGUGCCGAAGCAUAUUUUGUAUUUGAUCGCACAAUAACAAAGGGAGAAUCUCGUAAGGAAAUAAGUGGUACAUUGAAAGUGGUGAUCAAUAAAAUACCAACGUUUAAAAUCGAUGGAGAAGCUAAAUUAAAUAUGACUGAUCAAGAAAAAAAUUUCGUUGACAAGUUGAGUUGUAAAUUCUAUGGUGAUUUUCAAUUAACUGAAAAUCCCAGUACCUUUGUAGAAGCUGUUAAAAUUUAUCGACAAUUACCAUUGCUUUUAGGUGAAAACAAGGAAAAUGUAAUACCAAAAAAGGUGUGGCUCUAUCCACUACAUUUAUUAGAUGAUAAAGCAAUGCGCAUAGUUCGAGAAAUUUCAUCGAAUCUGAUUGAUUAUUCGGUAUCAGUACUAGAAAAUCUACAUUCAUUGGAAGUAAAGGCAUUAGAUUUAUCAAACAGUGAAGUUUUUACACAUUUAAAUUAUAUGAAAAUACAUUUAACGAAUUAUGCUACAAGAUUAUCUGAAUUUCAACGUGAUGUAAAACAAAAACUCGUAGUAAAUCUACCCAAACUACGUGGAAACACUGGUAUCGAAGAAUCUGUUUUAUUUGAUUAUUUUAAAGAAAUUGAUUCAUCACCAUUUAAUCAAAAAAAAUUAGAAGCAUGGUUGACAGAAAAAAAAAGCGAGAUUGCGUUAAUUACAUCGUGGAUAGAAAAUAUUAUGAAGGAUACUAGUUUAAAUGUUACAAUCGGAUCCUUGUCUCUGUAUUCUUCAAUUGGUGAUACUGCAUAUAAAUAUAUUCUAUGUCUUCGAUUUCAUCUCGUAGAAGAAGAUGAUCCACAACUUAUUGAUAUGUACAAUUAUCGAUAUAUGUUGAAUAAUUCUACAUCAUCGAGCAGUCUUCAAAACCUUGUUGUGCCUAAUAAUAAUAUGCAUUGUGUAACAAUUAUAUCCAGAAAUUCUUAUGAAGGUGAAGAAAAUGAACGCAAUCCAACAACAAGGUUAUCACUAUCAAUACGUAAAACCGUGUCUAAAUAUGUUGAAUGUGGAUGGUCACAAUCCUAA